CAACUACAAUUAAAUACAUUUAUUGAGAUUUUAUGUCGCAAGUUGGAAGUAUGAAUUUAUGAGUGGUAUGAACGGGUUCAGCCUCGCAGACAUCUGCUGCUUGUUGUGUUGUCCUCCCAUACCGUCUAGAAUAGCAGCUAAACUUGCAUUUGUCCCUCCUGAACCUAGCUACACUAUUGUCACAAAGGAGGAUGGGACACAAGAGUUGGUUCUCACUGAGCGGGCAGAGUGGCAGUUCAACGACAGAGAACUCAGCUUUAUCGACUGCUUCACUACUCGCAGCUCCAGAGGAAACAAGGUUGCGUGCAUGAUGGUACGACCAGUAAAGAACCCUUUGUUUACGAUACUGUUCAGUCACGGUAACGCUGUCGACCUCGGACAAAUGAGCAGUUUCUACGUAGGACUAGGCACCCGCCUGAACUGCAACAUAUUCUCCUACGAUUACUCUGGGUACGGAGCUAGUUCUGGAAGACCCUCUGAGAGGAAUAUCUACGCGGACAUUGAGGCGGCGUGGAAUGCACUGCGUACUAGAUACGGAGUCAGGUAA